UUGGCUCAACUUUUCCCAGGACCAGCGGGAGAGAACCUGUGGUGUUAGAAAAUCUCUGGGCUGGGGCGGAGAGAAGCAGCCUGAGAACCGACCCGGACACACGGGCGCCUAGAGGCGCACCGAGGCACAUCUACUCCGGUGGCUCCCGGAAACGCGCAUACAUUCAUCCACUUGUUAGGCGCCACCUCUCACCUGCCUCUUACCCCACUCUCCAGCCGGGCAUAAGCACAUACACGCAGCCCCAAUCGGUGAAAGCAGCGCGGUGGAUUUGCAGCCCUGGGGAGUGAGUUCUGGGUCGAAUGACGGACACAUUGAACAAGUGGAUGGUGCCUAGCUGCAGAGACCAGCUUCCCUGACUCAGGGCAUACCUGCAUUGCUGGUAUCCCAGCGUGUGUGUAUGUGUGUCUCACGUGCAAGCUUUGGGGCGUUCCACGAAUACCUGCUUAGGAAGAGACCAAGUCUGAAGGCCAUUCUCAAAGACUCCUUGCCACAAGGGUAGGAGCGUCUGGGAGCUGCCGUCAUGCUGAAGCAGAUACUGUCAGAAAUGUACAUCGAUCCUGAACUGCUGGCCGAGCUCAACGAAGAGCAGAAGCAAAUCCUGUUCUUCAAGAUGAGGGAGGAGCAGAUCCGCAGGUGGAAAGAGAGAGAAACAGCCUUGGAAAAAAAAGAGGCGGGAUCGCUGGGGAGAUCCAGUCCCAAAAAAGAGAACAGGAAAACUGUAAGUUGGAAGCUUGGAGCAGAUAAAGAAGUCUGGGUAUGGGUAAUGGGGGAACACCAACUAGAUAAACCUUACGAUGUCAUCUGUGAUGAAAUUAUUGCUGAGCGGGCAUGGCAGCAGGCACAGAAAGAAGCAGAGGAGCUCAGAAAAACUCAAGCAAAAGAAUCCUCUAAGACUUCCAGGCCUCAGUUGCUGCUUCCUGAUUCAAAAGCAUUGAAAAAUCGGGAGGUCCCCAAUGCCUCCAAAAGAAUAGACAAUGAGGAGUCAGGGACAGAAACUAGGAAAGCUUCAACACCAGAAGAAGAGAAAAUCCAGUCACCCUCCAGUUCAUCAAGAAAUAUUCAGCAGAUGUUGGCAGAUUCCAUCAAUCGUAUGAAAACCUAUGGAUUUCAACAGCAGAAGAAAGAAACAAUGAAGAACAAACCAGAUGAUGAGUUGAAACAAGAAGAAGAAGAGAGAACCAGACAGAUUUAUGAGAGUUGGAAAGAAACCCAAAAGUCGAACAAGGAAGAAAGAGAGUGGCAGGAGUCUUUGCGGAGAUCCAAAGCAGCCGAUGAGAAGAGGCGCUCUAUUGCUAAACAAGCUAGAGACGACUACAGGCGGCUGUCCCUGGCUGCAAAGAAAGGGAAGGGCAAUGAUGGAACCCAGGGCUCCCAGGGUGCUGCACAGAAACCCAAAAGGCCUCCUCUUCCUCCAAAACCUCAACUGCUCAACCCAACAGGACCACCCAGAAAACCUCACAGAAAUCAGGGAGUGGAGAGAUCUGUGUCCCACUCAGCCCAAGAAAACAUCAUUACAUGGUUUAAGGAGGAGCAGAUCCCACUGAGAGCCGGCUUUGAGAAAAAUUCGGACACAAUCGCGCCAUGGUUCCAUGGAAUUCUUACUCUAAAGAGAGCAAAUGAACUCUUGAGUACAGAAGUCCCUGGAAGUUUUCUGAUCCGAGUCAGUGAAAAGAUAAAAGGCUAUGCUCUGUCUUACCUCUCAAAGGAUGGCACUAAACAUUUCCUAAUCGAUGCCUCCACUGACUCCUACAGCUUCCUGGGGGUGGACCAACUCCAGCAUUCCACUCUGGCAGAUUUGGUCGCAUAUCACAGGGAAGAGCCCAUCACCUCCUUGGGGAAAGAGCUGCUGCUCUACCCCUGUGGUCAGCAGCAGCACCCACCAGAUUACCUGGAUCUCUUUGAGUGACACCAUCAAUAAGUUUUUGUUCUGCAACCUGUAGCUGAGCCUUUCUCAGGAGGAAUGCUGCUAAAACUCAGAACAUGGUAUUUCUUCACUGCAGAAAUGACCCCGAUGUGGCUAGAAGAAUCUCUACUCAGCUCAAACUCUGAAGACUGAUGUCAAUGGGGACGUCCUUUUCUGUUAUUUAUGUUCUCAGUUAUGUUCUCAAAGGGAAGCCAGAUGAUUUCCCAAGUUCAGUAAAGCAGCUGCACGUUGAGAGAGCAGCUUUACUGGACCACAUGAAGGAAAACAUAAAGGACUUAAAGCCUUGGGGGAAAUAAGAUGUCUUUCUAAAACCAAAAUGAUUACAUGAUACAACUCUUCUUUGCAUGAGCUCUGAAGGCUUCAGGGUUCUACACUGUUGCCUACUAGAAUUCAAAUUGCUUUAAAAAAUAAUUUAAAAAAGGCAGGCAGUGUAGUACUGUGGAUGGCAGGCUGGGCUUGUACUCGGAAAGGGCUGGGUUUAAAUCCUGCCUUUGACACAUACGAGCUCAGUGGCCAUGGACCAGUGAGCCACUUCUCAGGGUCCGGGCAACUGUAAGACCACAUGAGUUGUCCCUCCGUAUCCCUGGAGAGAGUUUUCAUACCAGAAGUUUCCUAGCUAAUUGAAAUCACAGGUCCUGACCAAAAAAAGGGGAGGGAGGGAGGGGAAGGAGAGUUGAGGUGAAAACUCACUUCAGUUAUUAUGCUCUUUGGAAACAUGUAGGAAAGAGGAAUAGAAAUACUUCAGAAGUCUAAAGACAGAAAUUUAAACAAUGUUGGAACGAUUCACCUCAUUUGUAAAUUUGCAUGAAUUCCAGGCAAAUCACUUAAAGUCUCUGAGCCUCAGCUUUCCCUUCUUCA